AUGUCCCACAGAGGCGGCAUUCACUGGACGUUGUCUACUGUUGUCGUCCUAUGUUUUCUGGUGGGGAUUGUUCCGUCGUAUCCUCUUCCAAUCAGAGAUAACGGAACUUUACUUGAAAGAAGAUGGGGGUCACUUUUUGCCAGGUCACUUGGGAUGCCUCCGGAUACAUUGGAUGUAACAUGGAAGAGCGACUAUUUGCUCGGAAUCAAGAGACACAGAAGGCUUUACUGCAAUGUGGGAAUUGGAUUUCACCUUCAAAUUCUCCCUGAUGGAAGCAUAAGUGGGGUUCAUAAUGAAAAUCCUUACAGUCUGUUAGAAAUUUCAACUGUAGAUCGAGGGAUUAUUAGCUUGUUUGGUGUGAAAAGUGACCUGUUUGUGGCUAUGAACAGCAAGGGCAGAAUAUAUGCUUCGCCUACCUUCCAGGAUGAAUGCAAGUUUAAAGAAAUCCUGUUGUUGAAUAAUUACAAUGCCUACGAAUCUGCACUGUAUCACGGUGCUUAUCUUGGAAUAAGCAAACACGGGAGGAUAAAAAGAGGAACUAAAAUCUCGCCCGCAAUGACAGUGACGCAUUUUCUUCCACGGAUAUAAGAACGAAUCAUGCUUACAGCGAAAUAUGUACAUUUAAUUUUGCACAUAUGAUUUAACUCCCAGGUAACACAUUUAUACAGUGUCAGAAUAUAUGUAUAUUUGGCUCAAAAUGUUUGUAUUCGAUCCAUUACAACCAGUACCCAUGGGUAAUCUACUUACUGUACUACGUAGAUACAAUUUAUAAACCAGAAACACUAUGGUGUUGUCCUUGAUUUCAUAUGAUCUCCAAGAAGGCCAGAUAGUUGGUUGCUCCUAAAGAAUGUAAUACAUUUACUCUGCCCUAUUCUGGCUCUACCACACCUUCAUGGUAUUUCAAGACACCCCUUUUCCAUAGAACAGAGGUGCCCAAUAGGUAGAUCUGGAUCUACCAGUAGAUCUUUAGUUGGUGAUUGUUAGAUCUCAAGACACUGCCAACAA